GUCUGCGUUUUUUUUUCUCCCCCCUUCUCAUUCGUUCUGUCUCUCAGCGGCGGCAGCUCAGGGAGGCAGCUGUAUGUGCGUCUGCAUUACAAUUGCCACAGGUAAAGACAGCUGCAUCGUCGGAUGUUGCUAACCCCACAAGGGGAGGGGGUUAGGUAGCCUUUGGUGCUGCGGUUGCAAGUUCUCAUCCCAGCGCGGGGCACACAUUUCUAAUCAUAUCCAAGAAAGCAUCCUGGAGGGAAGGACGGACGCAGAGCAGAGGAUCCCAGCAACCCGACUAACAAAUCACAGGCUGACUCGAAAGAGCACAGGCUUCCAGGGACUGAGGGGGGAAAAAAAACACCUCUGAGAAAGAGAGACUCACUGGGAUAUUUUUGAACAUUGUGGACUCUUGUAUGUGUUUUUCCUCCUAUCUUUUGCUUUCUGCUCUUUCUGUUUCAAUCACUUCACUCUCUGCUUCUCAUUGUCCUCUCUCUCUCUCUCUCAUUUUAUCCCUCUGUGGCGGAAUGUUCCCUUCAAAUAGAUGAGAAGAUGCUCUCUGAGUGCUUGCUGCAGUAUUAACGGACAGUAUACUGAGACAGCAGGGCGCUGAGCGGACAGCUUGGGGAAAUCUGAUCCACAGCCGGCUGGAGAAGAAGCGGAUCACGCAUCGCAGUUGCAGAUUUAUCCGCCCAGUGAUACCACUGCGCGACAACACCCCUCAUUCUUUUCUCUUUUUUUUUUCCACAUCUCCCUCUGUCUGCACUCAUCUGAAGUGCUUUUUGACUGGAUCUGGAAAUUUAAUUGGAUUGUACUGCUUUAUUUUUAGCCCGCACUGGAAUUUAGAGCACACACAAAGGAAGCAAAGUGGGUUUGGGAUCCGAAGAGUGAUAAAAAAAAAGAAAAAUCCUCAAAAAAAAGGAGAGGCUGAUUGAAAAGCAAUGGGCAACGAGGAUAGUGGAUAAUCCGAGGAAAGUGUUUGAGAGACGCAUAAACGACAGAUAUCUUUGCUCUGGCUCUCUUUCCUUUACAAAACAGACAGAUUUUGGGAGCCGAGGGACGCUGACUCGGCUAAAGCUGUUGGAACAGGCUGCAUUGGGAAACAUCUUUCUUUUUUUUUUGGUCCUGCACAGGGUGGGGAAGCAACAAGACCCACCCUGCAAGUUUCACUCACGUGAUUAGACAAUACUGUCCCGUCGUGGAUUGUACGUGGAAGGGGACAUACACGCAUGUUAAGCAGAAAUCGCUGUGGAUUUUUGCUGCAGUGACAUCCGAACACUGAUGCCACAGAUUCCUCACAUGCACAGAUGUAAAGCUGUUCCUUCCCACCCAUCUCUCCCUCCCAUCUCUAUCUUUGUCCCUCGUUCUCCCUGUUAGAAGAAUCACUUCUUCUUCUCCUCAGGCUUACCCUGCUGUGAACGUUCUUGAAGUUUACUGUUGCUUCACUUGGACAUCGGGAGUUGGGCAGGACUAAACGCGGACUAAUCGGACGAUUAUCCAUCUACGCCAGCUCUUUCAUUUCUCACUGGGUGUCUCUGAGUGUGAGUGUGCGUGCUUGUGUGCUUGUGAUUGUGUGUCUGUAUGUAUCUCCUGCACCUAUUCCCUUCUUUCUAUCCUCGGAUUACGUAUUUGUGUAUGUGUUAUUGAGCGUCUGUUUCCUGUGGGGUCCUUUUUUGUAUCCAUUUCUUCACCUUUCCUUUUGUCUCUUCUCCAUGUCCGGCAUUGUUGGGAACCUUUCUGUUAUUUGAUACCGAUGUCUAUCACAGGGUUAACCCUCAAUGAGCCAUAAAGGACGGCAGGGAAGAAUGAGUGAGUGUUCUGGUGCAGCUGUUUCCGGGGCGGUGAUCCUGGAGGAACCUGAGGCUUCAGGGGCUUCAGGGGGACGUGGUGAAGGCCAGGCCCAGGAUCAGGGUGCCCUUCGUUGUGUUUGGCCUCGCCAGCAGACAUGGCUGUGUGUGGUCCCCUUACUUAUUGGUUUCAUUGGCCUUGGAUUGAGCCUAAUGCUGCUGAAAUGGAUUGUUGUUGGUACAGUACGGGAUUACGUACCAACAGACCUGGUGGAUGCGAAUCGAAUAGGCCAGGAUCCUAUAUUCCUCUCAAAGCCAAGUGGGAUUCCUAAAGGUCCCGAUACUACCACCACUACAACUACUCCUACAGUUGAUGGUGGGAACCCCUCGCCUAGAACUGUAACUGUUGCGAAAGGUAGAACUCGUUCCACCGCUACUACUACUACUACUAUAAACACUAGAGGGGGUGGAGCCUCGGGUAGCCAAGUAACUCCCCGGAAUCCUGUAAAUCGAAAUGGACGUGGACCAUCGGGUUUUACUACAACCACGGCAGCACCACGGACAACCUUCAUAAUUGGAGCGGCGACAUCUAGCCCCUCACCAUCCAAUCCAACUGUACUUCAUGACUCUACACAGAUGUGGACCCCAGAGCAUACUACUACAGAGACGAUCUCCACCACAAUCUCCACGCGUACGCACAGCCACCGCAAACCACCAUCUCCAACUGUCCCUCCUCUGCACUCGGAGCAUUUCAAACCGUGCCAUGAGAAGGACCUGGCCUACUGCCUAAACGGUGGCGAAUGCUUUGUAAUCGAGACGCUUAGUGGGCCGCACAAGCACUGCAAGUGUCGAGAAGGCUACCAGGGAAUCCGCUGUGACCAGUUUCUGCCUAAGACUGACUCCAUCCUGUCUGACCCAAAUCACCUGGGCAUCGAGUUUAUGGAGAGCAAAGAGGUGUACAAGAGACAGGUGCUGUCAAUCACAUCCAUCGCCAUGGCGAUCAGCCUCCUGGGAACCCUGUGCAUGGCCCUCUACUGCCGCAACAAGAGGCGCAGAGAGAAGCUCCAGGCCCACCUGAAGGAGAGUCGCAGUUUGAAAAACUACACUGCUAACUCGCAGAAUGCCCUGGAUGCCAAGAUGAGGGCUCCUAACACCAACCUGCAAAUGCAUGAGUACUUCAAACGCUCCUCCCAGCCUCGCCAGGGAAAUGUCUGUGAGUCCAGCUUUGCACACUGCAACAUCUCCACCACGCCAUCCAACAGCUCCAGGGGCACAGCAAAACAUCACAGAAGUGGUUCCUUAUCUCACAUCCCGGAUCAGAGAACCCGGACAGCCCAUUGGUCAGCUCCACGCAGGACCCCGCCCAUACCCAGGGGGAGGCUAAAUCCGAUUGGAGGAUCCAAGUAUUCAGGCCCCGCCUACCAACACCUUCAAGAAGUAGACUCCUCUGACAGGGAGGCUGAAGCACAAAGAGGUUGCCAAAUGCAUGGAGAGAACCAAUGUGACGACCCCAGACGAGAUGCCUUCCUACAUAUGCAAACUCCUGUUUCCAUGGAGACAACGUCAUCGCCUUGGAGCGGCCGCAUGCAGGUGCGCCCGGGCCUGUGCGCUCCGCCCGAGCGCGGGGAUCCGAGUCCCACCACCCGCAGCCUGCGCAGGCCAGGACGCCGUAACAGCCACUCCCCUCCGCCUCCGUUUCGCUCCUGCUCUAUCCCCAUCAUCCCAUCCGUCCAGGGUCACCAUGACAACGAGGUGUCUUGUAUGCAAACCAGCGUCACCCCGGCAACCACAGCGUUGUCAGUCACCUGUGGAGCCAUGCCCUGCAAGGGAGAGAGGCGAGAGAAGGUAGCACACACCACGCUGGCUUCUUCUUCCUGCUCGUCCGCCAUUGGCCAGCAGCAGGACGAGGUGGCGCUGCUGCUGGAGGAGGCGCAGGAGCAGCUCAGGGCGUUGGCACUGGCUCACAGGAAGCAGGAGGAGGGUGGGAUCAACAGCGGCGGCUCGACGGCUGCGCUGGUGGAGGCCAGAGAAACUGUUUGCUUCCUGAACCUUAAUGGAGGAAAUACCGGGGCGCUGAGCUGUAACGGACCCACGCAGACCCAGUUACUCAGCCCCAGCCUAUCACACAGAGACCUGGGCCAAAGCAGCCAAUGAAAGGACACGAUUUAGGACGUUCACUUUUCGGUUUGACAGCGUUUGACAGACUCUGGUGUUCUGCGUCUGUGGGAUACAAAUGGAAAUGCUGAAUUUAGAAAAAGAAAAAAGAAAAAAAAAUGUAAUAUCAUGGAAAUUCUGAAAAUGUGCUGAUGAUAUGCAUACUGUGUGGAUACAAACAUACAAACACUUCUCGAGUGGCCGCCUUUACACCGACUGACAGUAUGGAAAAAGAGAAAAAAAAUAUUUACAUGCAUUUAUUUACAAAAACAAGAGAAACACUUCUACUUAGGCAAAAAGAAACCAAAUAGUCUGUCAAAUCCAUGGUGUUUUUAAUUGUAAAAAGAAUAUAUAAAUAUAUAUAAAUAUAUAUGGAUAUAAAUAUAUGGAAUUCAAAAAGUGACCAAGUACAAAGUUGAAGAAAACAGGAAUGAUGUAACUAUUUUUCUUUCUUUUUUUUUUUUCCUUCUCCCUGUUUUGUAUUAACUGUCACAUUUUGGUUUUUUUGCUCAACUCUAACAAAAGGACUUUCAUUAACGUCCCGCCGUGCGUCCACGAGCCGCGCGUCUGAUUCUGUGAAGCCGGCACAGAAUCCCAAAAAAGGCCGACAAAAGGAAGGAGCCUCCACACAAAUUCCCCCCCCAAGCUCUUGCCUUCUGAAAACUUGUCUACCCUGCCAAGAAUUACAGUACAGCCCUCCGCUGUUACCGACAACAUGCUGAGGAUUUACGACACUAGACAAAAAAACUCCCCCCCUGCCACCUGUGUGUGCGAGUAUGUGUGUGUGCUGAAGUGCAUCGAGGGACGAGAGGAAGAAGAAUUAAAAACAGGAAGCGACUUCUUCUUCAGUUGGUCAGAUUUGUUGGGGGGGAGGCGUUGCAGAUUGUUAAAGACAGCCCAGAUGCUGACCCCCCCCCUCUUUGGCCAGCAUUUCAAACCAAUCUUUAGGUUAUUUUUGU